GUAGCUGAAAGGGAAGACAUAUACUCUCGACACAACCCUCCAAAACGCCGGUGAAGCAGUGAGAAUAUUCCAGAACACCUGAAGGUACCACCACAACACCCCUAGACGCAUCCCAACAGCGAUCCUGUCGUUUGUGCGACCUUCUCUCACUCUCUACCUCUCCUCACUAAGGAAAUCUCUGUCCUUCUCUCCCUCCGCCAACCGCCACCAUUGAAGCCUCCGGCGUAUACUACCUUCGGCCCAGCCCACAGUCCAGUAGCCCCACCAUGGCCGUGACAACGCCCACCAUGCUGUCCAUCACUGGCCAGAAGGACACCCAGUUCACCAAGAUCUUCGUCGGAGGUCUGCCCUACCACACGACGGACCAGAGCCUACGGGAGUAUUUCGACAAGUUCGGGGAUAUCGAGGAGGCGGUCGUCAUCACAGACAGACAGACCGGCAAAAGCAGGGGAUACGGAUUUGU